CACUAAAACCCUGCACCACCCCACUGCCCACUAAUACCGGUACCUUCCACCGUACUUCAAACGGUAUCUACCGGAAAAUGGACGGCCUCCCAGACCUCACCUUCUCCGAUGACGACGACGAAACCUCCGCCAGAUCCGCCCGCCAGGCAAAACUGCACCAGACCGAGUCUUCAUUCCAGGCACAAAAGAGCUCCUGGAAGCCCAUUUGCCAGACCAAACAAGCAGCACGGAGACUAAAUUACCGAGUCGAUAGACUGCCACCCGAGAGUAAAGAGUUAGCGUUGGAGAUUAAGGCUGCGGCGGAGGAGAGGUAUUAUGCUAGGGAGUACCAAACUGCGUUGGCGCUCGCGGAGAGGGGGUUGAAGGCUGCAGAGGGGGUUUUGCAUGCCAGUGAGAGGAGGGAGCUGGAGGGGGUUAGGGGGAGGUGUGUUCGGCGGCUGGCCAAGUAGUGGUUUUGUUGUGGUUCCCCCGAGACGCGGUAGCCUGCUUGCACUGUACAGCCUGUGUAGUGUGAUUGAUCUAGAUGCAUCGUAUACUGCAAGUGUUGUAUGAUAUUCUGGUAUUACUAUAUAUUCGUGGAUAAACGG